AUGCAUGAAUUGUAUACUGCCCGAGCUGUCUUCUGCCACGAAAGAAUUGUGAGCCUCUCCCAGGGGGCGAUAACGCCACACUCAUCAUUGGAUCCCAUUUUUACAGUGUUGGAGAAGCUGAUGGGCUCGCCCAAUAAGGACCAAUGUUUGGACCACCAGAACCCACAAAAAUGCAAAGUGGGUCCUGUGGCUGCCUAUAAUUCCAAUGCUGAAAAUGAAAAGACAGAAACCCUAGAGCAAGCUGGCCAGCCAGACCAGCCUAUUGCCGAAGGAGAAGCGGGGAAAGUAAGGAGGUGCUCUUACCAUGGCUGUACAAAGCAGACUGCCCGCAAAUCCACCGGUGGUAAAGCACCCAGGAAACAACUGGCUACAAAAGCCGAUCGCAAGAGUGCGCCCUCUACUGGAGGUGUGAAAAAACCUCGUUGUUACAGGCCUGGUACUGUGGCACUCCGUGAAAUCAGACGCUAUCAGAAAUCCACUGAACUUCUGAUUCACAAGCUCCCCUUCCAGCGACUGGUUCGAGAAAUUGCUCAGGACUUCAAAACAGAUCUGUGCUUCCAGAGUGCAGCUAUUGGUGCUUUGCAGGAGGCAAGUGAGGCCUAUCUGGUUGUCCUUUCGGAAGAUACCAACCUGUGUGCUCUCCAAGCCAAACGUGUAACAAUUAUGCCAAAAGAUGUCCAGCUAGCACGCCGCAUAUGCGGAGUACGCGCUUAA